AUGGAAAGAUCAAAAGGGAAAUUCGUUUCCAAAAAACAAGGAUUGAAAAAGGAAAUAUGUUUGAAAAAUAGAAAGAAUACAACAUAUGUUUAUGAAAAUGUACCAGAAAGGAGAAUAGUAGAUUUAAGACACUUUGGAAGGAGGUAUGAUUCAUACUGGGAUAGGACACUCUCAAAACAAGAGCGGGUACAGGCGGAACUUAGAAAAACAUGUGAAGAACGUAUGGAGUUGACAACAGAACACAUAGCUGAAGAGAAAGCGCGUGAUUUAUGCGCACAGACUCAAAAACAAGAGCCGGUACAACCGGAACUUAGAACACCAGUGCCGGAAAUGCAACUGUCAAGUUCCUGUGAAGAUGACCAAAUAUCAUUUGAGGAAGCAAUGGAAAUAUUAGAAAAUGCAGCUGACGACACUGAUGAUCGUUUGGUAUAUGAGCAGAUGGAACUCUUGAAAAACUGUGACAUGGAGAAUUCUGUAAUUGUUUUCUAUGACAUUGAAACGACCUCUCUUGACGCAAGUGCGGAAAUUGUACAAUUGUCAGCCUGUACCGACAGUAGUUGUUUCAACCGGUACAUUUUGCCACACAGGGAUUUUAACCGUAAAUCAUCAGAAAUUACAGGUUUGACUGUUGAGAUGAUAAACGGACUUCGCAGCUUGUGCAAAGCAGGAAAGACACUACCCUCCACAACAUUACAUGCUGCUCUGAAUGAAUUCAUUGAUUGGCUCAAUUCCUUGAAGUAUGAAAAAGUAAUUUUAGCCGCUCAUAACGGAAAAUCAUUCGACAUGCGGCUUUUAAUCCAGGCUGUUCAAAAAGAAGGUAGACUGAACGCGCUCUCUGUCUCUGUGUAUGGAUUUGUAGACACACUACAUAUGUUUAGAUCCGUAAGGACAGACAAGCAGUCAUUAUCACUAGCAAACUAUUAUAGACGGGUUUUUCACGAAAGCUUCGAUGCACAUGAUUCAAGUGCAGAUGUUUCCGCACUUAUGCGUUUGUUUAACCAUGAAAAAUUGAACAACAAAAUAAAUGAAUUUAUACUUAAAUUCAGACAAGCUGUAUCAUACCUAGAAAAUGUUAAAGUUGUGAAAGGCAAUAGAAAUGAAAUACAAUCAUUAAUGUGUGGUGACAAAAAAGUAAUCUCAAAAUUCAUGGCCCACAAAAUUGCAGAAAGCGGCCUUCCGUAUAAUCAUCUAAAACUGGCGUUUUUGACAGAUUCAUUUGAUGGCUUAAAACAUGUGUUGAGCGAGAAAGUGAAUGGCAGACCAAGAGUAACAAACAGAGUGUCUGUAAUAGAAUCAAUGAAUUUGCAUUUUAAAGCUGUAACUUUAUAG